AUGAAAGAAUCGCAAGAACAAUUGUUGAAUGCCAAAAAAGAGAUUACCGAGCUAGAGAAUCAAAUACGAGAACUUAGCAUCAAGCUCAACACUCAAAGAGAUAAAGAACAGCUUAUAUCUCGCGACAAAACUGAAAACAAUAAAAUAAAUAAUGCAUUCACCAAACAGAAUAUCUUCAUUAUGGGGACGCAACAGUGCAUUGGUCUCGCGGCAGAACUCACUAAGUCAAGAAUGAAUAGCAGAUACGAGGACUACCAAGUAACAGCGUUCAUCAAGCCAUUUGCAUUUACGGAAGAAGUCCUAAAGCCAUGUACCAACUUAAAGGUAGACACAUACGAUAAGAUAAUUUCAUGUGUAGGAGAAAACGAUGAUGAUCCGGUAACCGCCAUAGCAGAAUUAUAUGCUGCGUUGAAAUUACUAAAGCAUGCCACCGUUAUUGUAAUGAAUGUAACUAAGAUUUAUUUUAAACACGCAAUUAAAAUUAAUAUGUACAAAGUUUAA